CGACUUUAUUCACGGCAGAUCUUUGGUCCUGGAUAGAUCAACGCAUUCGAAAUAUAGUCUUUGAGAGACUACCUAGGCAAUCGAGAACGUUCUCAGCAAAGCCGGUAUUACCAUGCUGUAUAUAAUGCUUCGUGAUUCGCAUGAUCUACCGUGUAUGGUACCUAGAUUAAACCUCGAACGCAAGCUAGUACAAUAGCAUCCACGGAGUCGAAAUAGAAUCGGGACAAGAGAUGCCAUCUUCGUCUCUCCGAGAAUCGAGCUCUCGCUCCCCUAGACCUGCCGAAGAGGAACCUCGUCGGAAGAGAUAUUCCCUUUUAGUUGAGAUCCUUGACGACGAUGGCUUUGCGGUGUUCGAGCGAAAUCGCGACGUAGACCGGCCGCGGAGAUCGAGUCGAGGUACCUCUACUACUCGACGUCGACCUAACGGAGGCUCCGAGCAUUAUUCAGACACUAAUAGGCAAUCUCGGCGAGUGUCGGUCCCCUCAAACGUAGGAGGAGUCGGGACUAGGGACCAUCAUGAUCGCCCAUCAGAACGAUCACGGCAUUUGGGUACUAGAUCACGUACGAGCCGCGUCAGCGAGCCCAAUGACGAGGUGUACGACACCGCCCCCGAAGGCAACCCUCCUUCAUCACCAGGGCAGCAAAUGCAAGAGGACACCGAACCACCUCCUAGCUCUCACCACCAGAGACGGAGAAGAUCUAUUCACAGCGGCACCCAGACGAGCAUUGGGGGAUACGGGCCACGCAGCGCCUUUACAUCUCCGCAUAACCUAUACCGACCUCCUCAUCCCAAUCAAGGGGAUCUCGAUGUCAUGGAGAUCGCCUACCGAGAUGGAUUCCAUCUUGGCCAGCAUUUAGCGAAUCUACGGGACCCUAACACUUAUCGUGGCACCCCUCCACGACCCAUCUCGGUGUCUUCAACCCGUAACCAUGACCGUAACCAGCCUGAUGCCAACCGGCGACCGCGUGAGCACCCCGAACAGCAACAACAGCGUGGGUGGCGAUGUCUAUUUCCUCCGUGGCAGUUUUUGAAUAUGUGGGCUCCAACCGAGUCAGUAGUAUCGAGCAGUAGUAGCCAAAACCAACGACGCCGCCGUUGAAUGAAGAUUAGAUAAUGAAGGUAUUGAAUUAGUUAGGUGUCAUUAACACGAUAUCGGCACAGAACUUGGCGCAUAUUUUUGAAGGAAAUAUUUAGCUAUAAUUAGAAGAGAAGAUAGGGGUUAGAGGGGGCACAAACUUGUGCUUCCAGAAAUCUGAAAGGAAUU